AUGCUCCUCAUUCCCUCUGGCCACCCUCCUCUGUCAAAUUUCACAUUCUCACAUACCCUUACUCUCUCUGGAUACCAGCUCUAUGCAGUCGAAAAAUGGGUCGUCAGCCGAAACAGGCCAUUCCCAUUGCUAGUCGUGUAUACCGGUGAUGCAGCACACACCGUACGCCUCGACGCGCUCAAACCAAACACAGAAGCGGAUAUGAAAGAUGCCGUGCAUUUUCUCAGACUUGACGCCCGACCAAAAAAUCUCGAAGAGGGAACGCUCAUGGUCACAAGUCUGGCGCAUUUCCGUUCAGACUAUACUAUUGUUUUGAUUCCUGGGGGUGAUUGGUUGGUUGUCAGAGAGCAGCUUUAUGUGAAUGUCAACUUGCUUCGCAUGGGAUGUGCUGGACGUACUGCACUUACUCUUGAAAGCCCCAGUAGUGGAACAAGAGACCGAUUUGUCGGAAUGUACGGUUUUCCUGCGACCGUGAAAGGUCGAGGGUUCAAUGAAACUGUAUUGGAGAUGGUUAGGCUCGUACAAGGUGCCCUUGGUAUGUUUGGCUUCCAAGUCGAGGGUGAUGGUCUAUUGUGCGACUUGACAGUCCAAGCACUUGGGCAGUGGCUGGCCAAGGGUUUCGUUCCAGGACUUUCGAAAGAGAGACUUGCAGAUCCACCUGUGGUCGUCGCUCUCCUCUCGCUUGUGUUUGUUGUUCGAAACAAGGCUGCAGCCAUAGGCUACAGUCACGUCGUGCCAAAGGACCCGUUCCUACAUCCCCCAACACCAACUGCGACUCCAUUGCUCGCUGGUCAAACCCCCACGUACAUUAACCAUGUUGUCCUCGAAACGAUUCACGCUGCAUACGAGCACAGUGGAGAAGCCGUCCCACCAGCCUGUGGCCCAGAGUCGAUUCUAGAGCCUAUUGUUGAUGUACGCAGAUUCGUAGCGGCAGUUUUGGGUACCGAGAAGGGUGAAGAGAGCUUGGGAGGCAUCGUUAGAGGCAUUGGACGGGAAAAAGGUAACAAGGGCGUCGGAAGCGUCGUGCGCGCUCUGUGGAGCGGUAGGAUUGCUUGGGUCGUAAGGCUUAGAGAAGGUGUUGAUGGCGAGAAGAAGUCCGGUUGGAGUGACUUUGAUGCAGCGGGCAGUGAUCGGAGCGAUCCUCGGAGCACUGACGAGGAAGGUGACUUAUUUGCGAGCCUAGCCUGGGGCCGUAAAAGAGUGAAAGGUAAAUUAGAGAGCUGGGCUGGACGCCGAAAGAAAGCCCAAACUUCCUCCGUUGAUCUGCGACCGCCUCCAGAAGAUGAAGAUUUACUCAGCAGCGGUCAAGCAAGCCCAGUUGUUCCCCCAAACCCUCCUCCAAUGCUGGUGGUCGAGCCCCCAAGUGUCGGUGAAUCCACCGUGGAUCUAGUCCCCAGCUCGAAAUUCGAUGGAAUGGCCAAUCUGGGCGUGAGGAAGCGACCCUGGGGAGACCGCAUCAAACAGGGUCGCUGUAACAAGCUGGUCGGAUCCGGUGAGCAGUUGACUCAGCGGCGGAGUAUCGACGUGAUCACAGACAAGCUCGUGAAGGAGACGCGUGUGCUUCGGAUCGAGCACAUGCGUAUUGACGUUGAGCUUUGUGGACAGAUGUUAGGUGAUGUUCGGCUCACUGGGACGAAUAAGCGGUUGCGGGAAGCCUACAGUCGGUAUGGCGAAGGCGUUAGCGAGAGCAUCCUGGGUGAAGUCGACGCUGAGGGUUCACGGAGCGGUAAAAUGAUGCAGACCGUCAAUACGCUGUGGUACGAGGCUGAGCAGAUGAGUUUACGGGAUGCAUGGCAUGCCGGGGUGGGUGGUAGACGUAAAGUGGUUGAAGUGAGGGAAAAGGUAUUUGGACUUGGGCUGGCAAAUACGGAAAAAGGUGGUAAGCAUCGGCAAUGGAGAAUUGACGGUGUUGAGCGGGUCGUUGAUCGGUAUGGAAGGACGGAGAGUGAGGCAGAGGAAGAACGGGGAGUCUGGGGCGACGACGCUAGUGAGAGCAGCGAAAGCGAGAAAGAGGAACAGACGGAAGGCGGCGUCGAGGUCAGCCAGAGGAUGAGGCCCGUCUGGCUACUAAAGUGGUUCACACGAUGGGGAAGGACAGCAAACUGUUGCGAGUUCAACGGCACAGAGUUGAUGCAAUAUUUAUUUUUGGGAAUAAAAUAUUUACUUUGGAAGGAACUUGAAGCGCCGGAUAAACAUCUUUUGCCACUUGACUGA